AUGUCUACGACAGUAGAGAAGAUUAAGGCCAUCGAAGAUGAGAUGGCCCGUACCCAAAAGAAUAAGGCCACUUCUUUUCAUUUGGGUCAGUUGAAAGCUAAGCUAGCGAAACUUAGAAGAGAGUUAUUGCAGGCUGCUUCAAGCGGUAGUGGUGGUGGUGCCGGUGUUGGUUUCGAUGUGGCCAGGACCGGUGUUGCUUCAGUCGGAUUUGUUGGGUUCCCCUCAGUGGGUAAGAGUACUUUACUUUCUAAGCUGACUGGUACAGAAUCUGAGGCUGCUGAGUACGAGUUUACCACUUUAGUUACGGUUCCAGGUGUCAUCAAAUAUAAGGGUGCUAAGAUUCAAAUGUUGGAUUUGCCGGGUAUCAUUGACGGUGCUAAAGAUGGCCGUGGUCGUGGUAAACAAGUUAUCGCUGUGGCCAGAACUUGUAAUCUACUAUUUAUUGUUUUGGACGUUAAUAAACCAUUGCAUCAUAAACAAAUCAUUGAAAAGGAAUUGGAAGGUGUUGGUAUCCGUUUGAACAAGCAACCUCCAGACAUUUUAAUCAAGAAAAAGGAAAAAGGUGGUAUCUCCAUUACAAAUACAGUACCAUUGACGCAUCUAGGCCCGGACGAAAUUAGAGCUGUUAUGAGUGAAUAUAGAAUCAACAGUGCGGAGCUUGCUUUCAGAUGUGAUGCCACCGUCGAUGAUUUGAUUGAUGUACUUGAAGCUCCAUCAAGAAGGUAUAUGCCAGCUAUUUAUGUGCUAAACAAGAUAGAUUCUUUGUCAUUAGAAGAAUUGGAACUUUUAUACAGAAUUCCAAAUGCAGUUCCAAUCUCUUCUGGUAAGGAAUGGAAUUUGGAUGAACUACUAGAAGUUAUGUGGGAUAGACUAAACUUAGUCCGUGUUUAUACUAAGCCAAAGGGUACGAUGCCUGAUUUCACAGACCCAGUGGUGUUAAGGUCGGAUAGGUGUACCGUAAGAGAUUUCUGUAACCAAAUUCACAAAUCUUUAGUUGAGGACUUCAGAAAUGCUUUAGUGUACGGCAGCAGUGUGAAGCAUCAACCUCAAUAUGUGGGGCUUAAUCACACAUUAGAAGAUGAAGAUGUUGUCACAAUUUUGAAGAAAUGA